UAGAUUUACCAUGAAUACCUGUAAAUCUUACCUUUUAUUUUGUUAUUAAUAUUUUGUAAUUGUGUCUAGUAAAACUAAUUAUUUGGCUUAAUUGCACUUGUUAUAUAAAGAUUUGGAGAGAGGAAAGACAAAAACUGUUAAACUUGAAACUGCGACAUUCAACCUAAUGAGUCAAACCUUCAUUGCGGAGGGAAAAAAAGAGGGAAAGUCUGUUAACAAGUGAAUCAUUGCCAUUGUCUGUUGGUACCAAACGAUCUACCAGAAAUAACCAGAAAAAGCAAAUGUUUCAAGUUUUUAUGUAAUCUAACCGUCAAAUUGUUAUUGAUUAUUUUGUAUAUUUGUUUCAAUUCGACAACAACACUAUCAUCAUCACCACCAUGUUUAUCUUCAAUAAAAAGGAAUGUUCCAAGCAAUCUAGGAAAAAUAAUUAUCUGCCACCAUAUAGUUCACCAUCAAUUUGAAUCUGUUUUUUUCUCUCCAAUAAACAACCAUAUUUUCAUCUUUACCCCUUUUUUAUUGGAAUCUGGUGCGUAUUUUCUACAUCAACAGUAGCCUUCCAGAGUUCAUCGUUUGUGUGUUUCUUGUAUCAAUCAGAUCUACUGAUCAAUGACCUCUAUCUAAUUGUUGUGAACCAUUUCUACUUGAAGCUAACAAUUAUCUUUCACUUUUACUUGAAGAUACAAAAAAUAGCAACAAACAAACAAUCUUAAUAACUGGGCAACCAGGUUUUUCUUCACACUCACACACAACAAAACUGCAUGUUUAUAUUGACUGAUAAAUUCAUUUAAUUGGGUUACAAUUAGCGGAACACCAUUUUUAUUAAACCACUGAAUCCCUCAUCAUUAUCAUCAUUAUCGCAAGCUAAUGGGAGGAAUAUUAGUGGCUUACAGCGAAAAAAGAAACGAAAAUAAAAUUUAAUUCCAACUGAACAUUAUAUAUUCAAUGUACAACCGAGCUUGCGGAUGAUUUCAGAUUCAACUUCAAGUACAAAGUCAGUGAUGGAAAAGAUUAGACCUGUUAAUGGAAAUUAUUUGUCAUUUGUGAGGUGCUAAAAUGAUGGAGAAAUACCUGAAACAAGCAAACAAACAAAAUCGUCAUCAACAAUUGAUCUCUCUUACCUCUAUGGAUUUCAAUCUAAAUCACUAAUCUAUUUUAAUUUUGUGUCCUGAUUUUCCCUGGUUCAUUGUAAGAGAAAAUAUAUUCUCAUCGUCAUUUUACUCAUCGAUGCUGCUCUUGUCACAGUCUAGUCACAAAAGCAAAUCACCAAACAAUCCAAUCUUUACCAUUAAGCCAAAAUCAAAGAUUCCUACAUUGAUAAUCCCUAUUAUACCAAAUCUACUAUUUUCCAUUGAAUUUGUUCGACCGAUUUGGGUGUCUUACAUUCUGUAAAAUCACACGUUGUCACUGAUUCUGUAAUUUUUCUGACUUAUCUAAUUGUCCUUCUCCUCCUUCCUAGUCUCUCCAAUCUCUAAUCUUCCUAGUCAUCCUCUUUCUCUUAUCUUUAGUUUUCUGGAGUCUUAAUGAUCAGUAGUUUUCCAAACAAUCGAGAAAAAUACAGAAAUCAGAAUUACAAGAGAGGAUUAACUACAUCAACUACGGACAAGGCUAACCUUUCCCAGCCCCUUUAUUAUCCCACCCUUUCUGUUCUCAUUGUCUCUCUCUCUCUCCUGCAUUCAUCAUCUCUGAACAUCUUUCUCAUCCAUGUUAAAUCACUUUCAAUCAAUCCUCAUCUGAGGUAACAUUCGACUUAAUUUGACUUCGCAUUUCAUAGACUUGCCCUUCUCGUAUAUAAAUACUGAAUCAAAAAGACUCUAUUUUUCCUUCCUCCUCCCACUGAUCAUCUCCACACUUGACAAUUAGAUAUAGUUAUUUUAAAUUCACCGUCCCAUUGAGUGACUAAAAUACAAACAAACCUAAUUUAGUAAAUUAAGGUAUCAAAGACAGAUUCAACAUAAAUCAAAGAUAUAUUUAAACGCUAACUGGAAAGCAAAUUAGUCAGAUUUGUUUUGCUUUUUGUUUUUCCUGUUCUUCACCUUUUCCUUUUUGUACAAAAACCUGGAAAAUUAUGAAAAAUUCAAGUAAUAAUAGCUCAGCCAGUAAAAAGAGUGUUGUCGUUAAUGUUGAUGUAAACGACGAUUUCAUCGAUUCUGAAUCUUGUAAAUUUAAUAUUGACUUGGAUAGUCCCAAUUUCAUCUUACCCUCAACUCCAUCAAGUGUUAAUACGGAUGAAGGAGAUCUGACAUUUGUUAAAAGCUAUGGAGCUCUUGACCAACCUUGCUUCAUUGAUGGUAUUUUGACAGACCAACCUCAAAACUCCGUUCAUCCUCACGACAAUUACAAAGUUGCUCAACAAAUUGGCCAUCGACACAAUUCUCAACCCUCCAAAUUUCACCAAAACGGCUUUUACGAUGAAGAUCUUCACCUGCACCAGCCUCACCAAUCCUCGGUGGUUCCUUAUUCAGUUGCAAGUGAAACCGGGAAAAGAGCUUAUGUCAAUGUUGGUUUUCAAAUGGCUGAUGAGGAAAGAUCAUCAAAUAAUCUUGCCAAACACAAUUCGGAUAAAUCUAGCCAUGGACAAAUUUUACCCUCUCGUGAUCCUGUCCGAUGGGUUGACCUAGAAACUCGCUAUGGAAAGGUUCCCUUUAAACGUCAAAUGAGUACAACAGUCUAUCUAACUCGUAAUGCUGGUUCCUGUUGUUCACAUAAUACCUUACUUAACCUGUUUGCCAGUUUAUUUCCCAUUUUUUCCUGGCUCAGAUCCUAUGAUGUUAAAAGUGAUCUGGUUAAUGAUAUAUUUGCUGGUAUCACGGCAGCCGCACUUCACUUACCACAAGGCAUGGCCUAUGGACUAUUAGCUGGUGUUGCACCCAUCAAUGGGCUUUACGUGUCCUUUUUCCCGGUCAUUAUAUAUGCUAUAAUGGGAACUUCAAGACAUGCUUCGGUUGGUACAUUUGCAAUCGCCAGUAUUAUGACUCGUAAUGCAAUGAAUAAACUUGGUGUCCCACCUGGAACUAUAUCAGUAGGAAAUAGAACGAUAAACCAUGAUUAUAUAGAUCAUUUCCCUCCGUACACAAGUCUAGAAGUAGCCACAGCACUUUGUUUUGUAGCUGGAAUCAUCCGUCUAGUAAUGGGUUGUCUUCGACUCGGAAUCAUCUCAGUUCUCUUAUCUGAUCAAUCAGUUUCAGCCUUUUCAACGGGAGCAGCCAUUCAUGUCGCUACAAGUCAAAUUGCUGACUUGUUUGGUUGGAAAUCACCUCGAACAGUCAGUGGGCCCUUUAAAUUAGUCCAUAUUUGGAUUGACUUGUUUAAUGCUGCAAGUACAACCAAUUGGGUAACAACAUCCCUAUCAAUUACCGUGGUCAUUAUUUUGGUUGUUUAUAAAGAGCUCAUCGAUGAACCCUUGAAGAGAAAAUUUCACCUUCCAGUUUCCGUUCCAGUCGAUUUACUCAUUCUCAUCUCAAGUACAGCUUUAUCAUACUUUACACAGAUGAACUUAAAUUACGGGGUUCGCAUUAUGGGAAACAUACCUAAAGGUUUACCCUCCAUAACUACUCCAAACCUUGAUCUUUCAGUUAAAUUGUUGCCCGAUGGUUUUGCCGUUGCAAUGGUAACUUAUGCCAUUGGUUUAUCAUUGGGUAAAAUAUUUGCCAAAAAACAUCGAUACCAAAUCCGUCCAAGUCAAGAGCUACUUGCUUUAGGGGCUGCCGAUUUAGUUUCCUCCUUUUUCGCCUGUUAUCCGUGUUCAGCAUCGCUCUCACGAACCCCAGUACAAGAAAAUGCUGGUGCUCGAACUCAAUUAACAGCCCUAAUAUCUUCAGCAAUCAUGCUUCUUAUCCUUCUCUUCUUGGGGCCGUUAUUUUUUUACUUACCCAAAUGUGUCCUUUCUUGUAUCAUUUUGGUGGCUCUUAAAAAUAUGCUCUUACAAAUUGGUGAUAUAAAACAAAUUUUUUCCGUUUCUCGUCUGGAAGGAAUUUGCUAUCUAAUUACAUUUUUGUCCACCGUUUUACUUGAUGUGGAUCUUGGCCUUAUUGUGGGUGUUUUGGUGGCCAUUUUGAUGGCUUUGAUUCGCUUCAUGGCUCCAAAUGUCAGUUUAUUGGGUCAACUGCCAAACACAGAGAUUUAUGUAGAGAAAAAUUAUUUCCAACAAGCUGUUGAACUUGAUGGAAUCAAAAUAUUCCGAUUCUCAUCGGCCUUAUUUUUUCUUAACACGGAAACUUUUAGAGAAAAUUUGUUCAAAUUUUGCUUCGAUUGUACCUAUUUCGAGCUUAUGGAAGCAGAUGAUGCAACUCGUAAAUUUAUUUUAGGUAAAACAAAAGCUGUUAUUAUCGAUUGUUCAACAAUCUCCUACGUUGAUUCGCCUGGUGUUGAAAUGAUUUUGGAGAUUUUCAAUGGAUUACGUGAUAUUAGAGUUCGAUGUUAUCUUGCAUCUUGUCCAGCCAUUGUCCUAUCAAUGUUGGAACGAACUCGCUUUACUGAAAGGAUAACAGCCAAAAGAUCGCCUAUUUUCCCAACAACUCAUGAUGCAGUUAUUGCUGAAUCCCUAUCAGCUCCAUUAUGAUUACAUUUUUAUCCUUAGUAAUUAACCAAUUGAAUUUUUUGGCCGCACAUUCGAACCAGUUAACCUGUUUUAUCAAAUUUAAAGUGAUUAUCAAAAGAUGAAAAAAAUAAAGCAAAAUUUUAUUCUGAUUCGCAACAAAAAAUGGCUACAAGUCAACUUUUAAUCGCAACUGUCCACAUUACCAAUCUGAUUGUAUUUAUGAAUUUGGGUCUUAUUUUUUAACCAACUCUCAAUUUUUCAAAGACAUUUUAAUUGUGUUGGAAUGAUUCCCGUUCACAUGUAUGUGUACAAAGAAACCUGAUCAAACUGUGAUCUGAUGAAUUUUAAACCUAAUCGUUGAACGGUUAAAAGUUAAUCCAUUUUAUUUGGUGGUUCAGUGCUGUUCCAUUGUCCAUAAAGAAGACUUUAAUCGAUGUAAUUAAUCAAUUGGAUCAAAGAUGAUCACAUAAUUACCAAAGUGCUCAAAACUGUCUUCCGUCUUAACCUUCAUUUUUCUCCAUGUCCCCUGUUUUCACUCCUAAUCCUUGUGUUAAACAUCCAGAAACUCAUCAACAGUUACCUUCCUUUUUAUUGUCACCUUUAUUUUGGUUUCAGUUUGAAUAGUCAUUCAUCAAUUUACUCUUAUUUUUCUCUUUUUUAAAACUGGACCAAUAUGAGGUAUAAUGAAAUGAAAACUCAUUGGAAAUCUCAUUCAGAGAUGAUAUCAUACAUAUUCAACACUAAUGAAAUAUCAAAGCAAGCAAAUUAGAAAAAAAUUAUGUAUUAUAAUUAAAUUAAUAUUUGUUUCUUACAACAUAAAAUGUGCGUAAAAAACCCUUUUUUUGCAAACAAGA